ACCUAACCCUAAUUUCACAUUGUAAAAGAAUUUUUAUAUUAAUUGUGUGAAAUAUUCACCGUAGUAAAUUGCAAUUGGAAUUUUCCUAGAUAUCAUGUGAGAAGACUGUGAGACGCAUACCUGAUGCGCUCGUUGGUUUAUAUAAUCUAACCUUAUUUUAGUUUUAAAUACGUACUUGUAAAUAUUACCGGUGACUCUCGGUGUUGUCUCAGUAAUUGAUUAAAGAUGAUUUCUCAUACACAGUUGUUAAGAUACAGCAUGCUGAAAACCAUACGUCAUGCGUGCGGGUGGAUAUCGCCUGCUAGAAAAUACUCCCUUGCAUCGAAACUGGUGAAAAAGGGAAAGAACCUUGAACUUCUCGAUCAGAAAUACCCAAUAGACGAAUGGACAAAUGUGACAAAAAGGAUAUCCCAAUAUCCUGGAAAAAACUUACAUCUAAAACCUGAUCAUCCGUUGUCACUCAUAAGACAACGGAUCGCAGAUUAUUUUUACAAAGCCUAUCCAAAUAAAGUGGGCAAUCCAUUAUUCAGUGUCCAUGAUAAUCUGAGACCAAUUGUCACGGUCGAACAAAAUUUUGACUCGCUGCUUGUACCAAAAGAUCAUCCCAGUCGAAGUAAAACUGAUUGCUAUUAUGUCAACUCUGAAACUUUACUCAGAGCUCAUACAACGGCUCAUCAAGCAGAACUAAUUUUGAUGGGUCUGAACAACUUCUUAAUCAUCGGUGACGUUUAUCGAAGAGAUGAUAUUAACUCGACACAUUAUCCUGUAUUUCAUCAAGUGGAUGGUGUGAGACUUCGGACACAAGAUGAGAUAUUUCAGAAUGUAGAGGACUCUAAAAACUUGAGGAUAUUUGAGCACAGGGAAUCAGACAGUCCUGAUAAACAAGGGUGCCAUACUUUGGAAGCAACAAAAAUUAUGGAACAUGAAUUAAAAACCGUUCUAGUCGGAUUAGUAAAGAGUUUCUUCGGUCAAGAUGUUGAAUAUCGAUGGGUUGACGAAUACUUUCCAUUCACUCACCCAUCUUGGGAGUUGGAAAUUUUGAAGCAUGAUGAAUGGCUAGAGGUCCUAGGAUGUGGUAUAGUACGGCAAGAAAUUUUGCAGAAAUCUGGAGCUGCAGAUCGUAUAGGAUGGGCAUUUGGUGCUGGCUUGGAACGUCUUGCUAUGUUGUUCUACUCUAUACCAGACAUCAGGCUGUUUUGGAGUGAAGAUCCUGGUUUUUUGAACCAAUUCAAGGUCGAGGAUUACCACUCACGAAUUGUAUACAAGCGAGUCAGUAUCUAUCCACCAUCCUCAAGUGAUAUAAGUUUCUGGCUGCCAAACGAAACGGAAUUCACGCCAAACGAUUUUUUCGAAAUAGUCAGGGAUAUUGGAGGGGAUAUUAUCGAACAAGUCGCAUUGAUAGAUGAUUUUGUUCAUCCGAAAAAUAACCGCAGGUCACAUUGUUAUAAAAUUACAUAUAGACACAUGGAACGCACUUUGACAAAAUUCGAAGUUAAUACUAUUCACCGGAAAAUUGGAAGAGCUGUUCAGGAUAAAUUCAAUGUUGAGAUUAGGUAAUGAAAUAUUAAUAAAUCAUGUUUACUUACAGAACGCUGUGUUAAAACUGUACCCUGUCAACCACUCUUAGUACUUUGAUAAGGAUAUUAAAGUAAUUAAUAUAUUAUUUUAUUUCGCAUAAAUUAACUAAAAACAGAUUAUAUAAUAACAUAUGUAUGCAUGUAUACAUGUAUAUUUAUAAUUAGUUAUCAAUCUUAUUUUAGUCAUCGUUUCUGUGUAUACUUUUAAAUGUCUCUAUAACAUGAUCACAAAAAUUUUUCUCAGGAAAAAAUAUAUGUUUAUAUCUCACGACUCUAAUGGUAUGCAGAGCAAUUAAAAUUUAAUUUUUGAGUCUAGUAUGCGACGUUUAAUAAACUACUUGUCUCGUUUGAAGAUUAAAUUAUCAGAAAUAUAAGCAAAGCAGGCCUAUUAGGCAAACCUUGCAAUGAAUCACAAAGCUUUUUAAAAUAUACCUAUUAACUAAUGCAGAAUAUUUCAAAAUCCUCUUGACUGCCUUGAUUAAUAUUCAUAGAGCAAUGCCAAUAACUGUCUGAAUUACUUUUUUUUUUAAUCAGGUAACUUAUAAAACGGCAGCAUAAAAAAAUGUGUUAGCAUUGUAUUAUUAGAAAAUAAACCACUACAGUUUCAAAGCAGCUUUCAAGUUUUGCUAUUUGUAUUCUUCAUUCGAAGUAUAUUGACAUACACAAGAGAUCUGUCCAACUGGAAAAGUUUUACCUCGUCUGUAGUAAAAGACCAUUUAUGCUUGGAUGCAAUAAAAAUCUAGUGUUUCCACGGAAAUCAUUAAUUACAGUGUCCCGGUUUGAAUGAUUGAGACAAGGCCCAUAAAUUUGUGUCGAGUGAGUUUGCCUAGACCUCGUUUUCAAUUUACGUGAGUGCCGUAAAAUGCGUUGAUGCUUAAUAUAUCAUGUGUAUAAUAUUUUAGGUAAUCAGUAAUUUUUUGUGACAAUUUAUUAUUAGAUAAUUGAUCCUUCAGGGUAUAGUUUACCUUGAUUACGCAUAUCCUCUGGUCAAAUUUUAUCACAUUAAACUUUAAGUCAACUUUGUAUAACUCGGUGGUGAAAACUUUUUUC